CACCCACCAAAACCCUAGGAUGGUCAUCACAGCUAGGGUUUGAAGAGAGUGUCUCCUCCCGCCACCGCCGCUCUUCCCUCUCAUAUCCCUAAACACACCAUGGCGACCGCUGGUCAGAUCAGCAAGAAGAAGAAGUUCGUAGCCGAUGGAGUCUUCUACGCUGAGCUCAAUGAGGUGCUGACCAGAGAGCUCGCGGAGGAUGGCUACUCCGGCGUCGAGGUCAGGGUCACUCCCAUGCGCACCGAGAUCAUCAUCCGAGCCACCCGCACCCAAAACGUUCUCGGAGAGAAGGGAAGGAGGAUUAGGGAGCUCACCUCUGUCGUGCAGAAGAGAUUUAAGUUCCCUGAGAAUGGUGUGGAGCUGUACGCAGAGAAGGUCAACAACAGGGGCCUUUGUGCCAUUGCUCAGGCCGAGUCCCUUCGCUACAAGUUGCUUGGUGGCCUUGCUGUUCGCAGGGCAUGCUAUGGUGUGCUGAGGUUUGUUAUGGAAAGCGGUGCUAAGGGAUGUGAGGUUAUUGUUAGUGGGAAGCUGAGGGCUCAACGUGCCAAGUCCAUGAAGUUCAAGGAUGGCUACAUGAUCUCUUCCGGUCAGCCUGUCAAUGAGUACAUUGACUCAGCAGUUAGGCAUGUUCUCUUGAGACAGGGAGUACUUGGGAUCAAGGUCAAGAUCAUGCUCGACUGGGACCCCAAGGGCAAGCAGGGCCCCAAAACACCACUGCCUGAUCUUGUCACAAUCCAUACUCCGAAGGAAGAGGAGGAAUACGUGCGGCCAAUACUCACAACAGCUGAUAUUGAUGUCCCAGUUCCUGUUGCCUGAAGAUUCCCAACUUUUGGGACGUGACCUCUGCAGGGACAUCCCCCCGCAGUUUUAGAGAUUUUUCAGUUUGAUGGUUUUGCCAGUGUUGCACAUGGAAGUCUUUUCAAUUAGGAUCAUCUCAUAAUUUAAUUUAAUUUUCCCAGUUUUGGCUUUACUUUUGGUAUUCUGUUAAGAACUUUUGAAAUGUCAUUAUUUGAGAGGUACCUUUUCCUGCAGAUUCUCAAUGAGUCCUCGGCAAUA